UAGGUAAGCCGCAAUGAUUUGUUUUUAAAGUAAUUAAAAAAUCACUUAUUCUAACAUAUCAAAAUUUUUCCUCAGUGAAUUUUUGUAUAGUGAAAUUCGUGAUCGGAACACCAUUUGUCGCGAUAUUUCUAAUCUACAAGUACAAAAGAAGGCACUUGGCAAUGGACAAGGACAUCGAAGAAUUUUUGCAAGCUCACAACAACUUUUUCCCAAUAAGGUACUCUUACUCGAAUCUUAAGAAGAUCACCAAAAAUUUCAAGUAUAAACUAGGUGAAGGUGGGUAUGGUUCUGUGUACAAAGGAAUGCUCCGAAGCGGCAAUGAAGUGGCCAUCAAGAUUUUAAAACAGUCCAAGGCCCAUGGCCAAGAUUUUAUCAGUGAAGUGUCUACUAUUGGAAGAAUUCACCAUGUUAAUGUAGUGCAACUCAUCGGUUUUUGCUUUGAAGGCUCGAAACAAGCUCUCGUGUAUGAUCUCAUGUCAAAUGGAUCUUUGGAUAAGCACAUUUUUAGUGAGGAAGGUGAUAAGUUUCUUGAUUACAAGAAAAUAUAUGAGAUCGCUCUUGGGGUAGCGAGGGGGAUUGAAUAUUUACAUCACGGGUGUGACAUGCAAAUACUGCACUUUGAUAUCAAGCCUCACAACAUUCUUUUAGAUAAGAAUUUCACUCCAAAAGUUUCUGACUUUGGACUUGCGAGACUUUAUCCCAUGAAUCAUAGCACAGUUUCAUUAACUGCUGCAAGAGGAACCUUGGGAUAUAUGGCGCCCGAGUUAUUCUACAAAAGCAUUGGCGGCGUAUCUUAUAAAGCGGAUGUCUAUAGCUUCGGGAUGAUGCUCAUGGAAAUGGCAGGUAGAAGGAAAAACGUAAAUGCAAAUGCGGACCGCUCAAGCCAAAUUUAUUUUCCGCUGUGGGUGUACGACCAAGUCAAUGAAGGAGAAAGUGUUGAAAUGGAAGAAGUUGUAGAAGAAGAAAGGGAGGUGAUAAAAAAGAUGAUAUUAGUUGCGCUUUGGUGUAUACAAUUAAUCCCUGACCAUCGGCCUCCAAUGAACAAAGUCUUGCAAAUGCUUGAAGGAGAUAUGGGUAAUAUUCAAAUGCCUCCAAAACCGCUUAUUUAUCCACCAGAUGAGCCAGUUGACAAUAACAAAGCCGAGAUGGAAUUAGAAACAUUCGCACCUUCAUCAAGCGCUCCCAUAAUUUCAGCUAGUUUUCCAUUUGGGAGAUACCAAUGA